AUGGAAAGUUCUAAACCAGGGUCAAGUAUGGAUACUGAAACUGUCAUAAGAGUAGAAAAGAGAGCAAAGGACAUUAUUGAUACACUCGAACCUAUAGUGUCGGCCAAAAAAGUCAGAGUAGACCCAAACGUGGAACUUAAGGUUAAAUGUCUGCGAUUCAUGGAGUGUUAUGAGAAGAUGGUAGGAAAUACGUUGAGGAAAGACGAGCAACAUAUGAACAAAUAUCUAAACAUAAAUUUCUCCCAGCAGAUCACAAGCAUAAUAUUUUCAGCGUUCACAAUACUGCGACAGGAGGCCAACGGAAUAGUUGGAGUAAUAGGGUCACAAGCAAAGAUUGGGAAAUUUUACAGCAUUACAAGUAUGGCGCAGCAGAUGAAAAUCAUUUAUGAGGGUGCCCAAAAAAUAGUGAAGAAAGCUGCUACAAAAGAAGGAUUAGAAUUUAAGAAAUUCAACAGAGCAGAGGAAAAUUGGAUUAAUGAGCUUAGGCUAGGUAGGAAUGAUUUCCCAAUUGGCAAGAAUCCGGAUGGAUCAACCAGAGCUUUUCAGGUGCCUAAAUAUGGAUUCAACGGAAUGCACGACGUAUUAUUGAAAGGUUUAACAUAUCCCCCAGAAAAGAGGUCAUUGAUAGCACAAAGUUUGGGAGCUAUGACAGUAUUACUUCUUCAUGUUAAGACGCCACAAAGAUAUCGGCAGAAGUGGACAGCUGCGGCAAAGAAUACUAAAUCACAUACCAGCUAUUGA